CAGACACUGGCUGUACCGUCCCUGCCUCCGUGCUCCUGGCACUACCAGACUUCAGAGCCAAGGCCAUGUUAAGCAUAAUUGUUUCCCCAUCACUGGGAGUUUCUUUUCUGCUCAACUGCAGGAUCUCUUGUUUGCUUUAAAACUGGGGGGAAAAAGGGAUUAAUAAAUCUUUAAUGCCUAGGUCUUUUAAUUUCUAAAAGAAAGAAAAUUACUUCUGCAAAGAUGACAGUGCUUCCGCUGCAAGUAGCAUGGAGGUGACAGACCGCAUCGCCUCCCUGGAGCAGCGGGUCCAGAUGCAAGAAGACGACAUCCAGCUGCUGAAGUCAGCCCUGGCCGACGUGGUUCGGCGCCUGAACAUCACCGAGGAACAGCAGGCCGUGCUCAACCGGAAAGGACCUACCAAAGCAAGACCGCUGGUGCAGACCUUGCCUCUACGAACCACCGUCAACAAUGGCACCGUAUUACCAAAGAAGCCAAGUGGCUCUCUGCCGUCCCCCUCAGGGGCCAGGAAAGAAAGCGCUGUGCUGGCGACAACCAAAAGAUUAAACACGUCUCUGAGUCUUCUCAAUGCAGGCAAACUGAAUAGAUCAACGUUCAGUCCCUCUGGGUCUUUCUCUGCUCCCUCAGGCCCCCGUGGCAGUACCAUCAAGAGGACCAGCUCUUCUGAACGCGUGUCUCCCGGCGGCCGAAGGGAAAGCUACGGGGAUUCCAAAGGCAACCGGAAUCGCACAGGGUCGACCAGCAGCUCUUCUAGUGGCAAGAAGAACAGUGAAAGCAAACCCAAGGAGCCCGUCUUCAGUGCGGCACUUCUGUGUCUGUCUCCGAAAUCUCAAGGGAAGCGCCGGGUGACACACUGCAAAGAAGAAGGAUAUGUAAAAAUGUUCCUCCGUGGACGCCCUGUCACCAUGUAUCUGCCCAAAGAUCAAGUGGAUUCCUACAACUUGGAAGCAAAGGUGGAACUGCCAACCAAGAGACUCAAGCUGGAAUGGGUCUAUGGAUACAGGGGCCGCGACUGUCGGAAUAACCUGUACCUGCUUCCGACGGGUGAGACGGUAUAUUUCAUCGCGUCAGUGGUCGUGUUGUACAACGUGGAGGAACAGCUUCAGAGGCAUUACGCUGGCCAUAAUGACGACGUGAAGUGCCUAGCAGUUCAUCCUGAUAAGAUCACUAUAGCAACAGGACAAGUCGCAGGCACGUCUAAGGAUGGAAAACAAUUGCCCCCACAUGUCCGCAUCUGGGAUUCCGUGUCGUUGAAUACCCUGCACGUCAUCGGAACUGGGUUUUUUGACCGAGCCGUCACCUGCAUUGCAUUCUCCAAAUCUAAUGGAGGAAGCAACCUCUGUGCUGUGGAUGACUCCAACGACCACGUGCUGUCCGUGUGGGACUGGCAGAGAGAAGAAAGGCUAGCAGACGUGAAGUGUUCUAAUGAAGCUGUAUUUGCGGCGGACUUCCACCCCACGGACACCAAUAUAAUAGUCACCUGUGGAAAAUCACAUCUCUACUUUUGGACGCUAGAAGGAAACUCCCUCGUUAAAAAGCAAGGAUUAUUCGAGAAGCAAGAAAAGCCAAAGUUUGUCCUCUGUGUGACUUUUUCUGAAAAUGGUGACACCAUUACCGGAGAUUCAAGUGGCAACAUCUUGGUAUGGGGAAAAGGUACGAACCGAAUAAGCUAUGCCGUUCAAGGGGCCCACGAGGGUGGCAUUUUUGCACUUUGUAUGUUAAGGGAUGGCACGCUGGUCUCGGGAGGAGGGAAGGAUCGCAAGCUCAUUUCUUGGAAUGGAAACUAUCAGAAACUUCAUAAAACUGAGAUUCCAGAACAGUUUGGUCCAAUACGGACAGUGGCCGAAGGGAAAGGUGACGUGAUCUUGAUAGGCACAACCAGAAACUUUGUUCUACAAGGCACUCUGUCAGGGGACUUUGCACCCAUUACUCAGGGUCACACUGAUGAGCUCUGGGGACUGGCCAUCCAUGCCUCGAAACCUCAGUUCUUGACCUGUGGGCAUGACAGACAUGCCACCCUCUGGGACGCUGUUGGCCACCGGCCCGUCUGGGACAAAAUAAUAGAGGAUCCAGCUCAGUCUUCUGGUUUUCAUCCUUCAGGGUCUGUGGUUGCAGUUGGAACACUGACCGGGAGGUGGUUUGUGUUUGACACAGAAACGAAAGACCUGGUCACCGUUCACACGGAUGGAAACGAACAGCUCUCUGUAAUGCGUUACUCACCAGAUGGGAAUUUCUUAGCCAUAGGCUCCCACGACAACUGUAUUUACAUAUACGGAGUCAGUGACAACGGGAGGAAGUACACGCGAGUUGGCAAGUGCUCGGGUCAUUCCAGCUUCAUUACUCACCUGGACUGGUCUGUAAACUCACAGUUCCUCGUGUCCAAUUCCGGAGACUAUGAAAUCCUCUACUGGGUUCCCUCUGCUUGCAAGCAAGUCGUCAGCGUGGAAAGUACGAGAGACAUCGAGUGGGCUACGUAUACCUGCACUUUGGGAUUCCAUGUCUUUGGAGUGUGGCCGGAAGGCUCGGACGGAACCGACAUCAAUGCCAUCUGUCGGGCCCACGAGAAAAAACUCCUGUCCACCGGCGAUGACUUCGGCAAAGUGCACCUCUUCUCUUACCCUUGCUCGCAGUUCAGGGCUCCCAGCCACGUGUACAGUGGGCACAGCAGUCACGUCACCAACGUCGACUUCCUCUGUGACGACAGCCACCUCAUCUCCACGGGCGGCAAAGACACGAGCAUCAUGCAGUGGCGGGUCAUUUAGAGCCGGCCCAGGAGGCACGGCCUCGGUCCCUCAGUCACUGUGAUCUCUGUUUUGUUUGCAAAGUUGUCACAACCCUCAGGAAAAUCAGUCCCUGUACCGGUUACCUUUGCUUCAUGGGUCAGUGAGCGCCGCAUCGGGUCAGCAGUUCAGGUUUCUCCGUGUACAAUAUAUUAAUAUAAAACACAUUUAAUAUAAAAACGAUGCCAAGGUUUACAUUGCGGUGACGCCGACAGAAUAACUGGUGUAUCCUUUAUAACUUUUCUAUGAACUCUUCGAAAAUGGUCACAGAAUGCCUUUCCAAAUACUGUACAUAGGCUGUACUCUUUCACUGUCGAGCUUGCUGAGUCGAAUAUUUAUGACAAUAAUGAGGUACUGAAUUAUGAUCGCUGUUGAUUGGUUGGUUGGAAGGGAUGAAGGGAUGGAGCAGAGGAAAUUGCUGACUUGCGCAGCUGAGUCAGGAAACGCAGAUAGACUUCCUGUGGUCGUGGUGUCGAAGGUUCCAUGCGGCUCUCCCUCUGGGAGGCUGAGGUGAAGGGGGUUGCACUCUUCUUGUGGUUAGCAGAUUGGACUCCAGAUUAACCUAAAGGUUUCAACGGGGGAUACAGGCAGGUCAGAGUUUCAGCAGGCUGCCCGACCCGGUGGGCACCGUCCACCGCUUAGCACUCUGGUGGGUGGCGCCCCUUUCGGUUCCGCGCUCACGUGCCCUGGUGAGGGGUGGACACGUUUGGCCACCUGCCUCUGUAUAUUAACUGGCAUGAUAUGGUAUUGUACUUGUAUAGAAUUUUAGCAAUUCAUAAUAAAUAUGUAAGGCUAGGCUUUACUAUUUUAUGCUUAUGGACAUUGUAUAUUUGUAUUUUAAGACCAAGUAGACCAA